UUGGGGGGCGCUUUUGUCCGUGAAACGUUUCACCCACCGACCCCCACAUCGAACAAUCGGAUCUUGGGAGACAAUCUGAGGACGACGACGAGGCGUUUCCAGCUGUCUAGUCUCGACCACGACACGGUCACUUCUAAAGCCCCUGUUUGUACAGAGACAGCAGACGGGACCCAGACAAAACAUGCUCCUGUGAUGAAAACCAACGCUGGGAACCAUCCCAUAUUCCACACUUAAAAUGACUCUAGAAAAUGGAUUUACAUGUACAGCUUUACAGUGGAUGACGACAAGCAAGAUCUGAGACUUUUUUUUAUUUUGUGUUGCGGGAGGAAUAACAUUGCUUUUUGCCUGGCGUUAAACAGCGUGAACUCGUCUGGAGGAUUAAACCGAACGCAAGCGUAAUUUGGCCUGUAAUAUAGAGGCUUUUACUUAACGUUGGAUUUCAGUUUUUUUAAAUAACUUGGUUAACUUAACUGAAUUACUUACUUACAAGCUAGCACAACCAGAUGUACUUUUGAAGUAACGUUAGCUAGCUAGCGUUAGGUAUAGUUGGCUAAUGUUAACGUUGGAGAGAACGCGAAAAAGAAAGUUUCAUUGUCGUUUAUGCUGUUGGAAAAUAUACUUAUCUUCUUCAUCCGCAGUGUAGUCUUACCUCUCUAGCUGGACAUGGACAUUUGGCCAUGAGCUUUUGGAGAAAGAUGAGUUUUAUAUUUGAAGGCCUCUUGGACGCAUGUCAAAUCCAAAUUUCUAUGGACUUGCUUAGUUAGCUGAGGUUGGCUAAUGAUAAGUUAGUCCGACCAAAAUACGCCGUUGUACAACACGUCCUAUUUUAGGCAUGUAUUCGGCAUGCACUUGUAUUCUGCUUUAAGUUAGAAAUGUUUGAUCAUAUACUAUGCGGGAAAUGGUGUUUAAUUGCAGUAACUAGCUGGUAGCAACACAUCUUGCUAAAUGAUCUGCAUUAGCUAGCUAGCUAGCUAGCAAGUAACGUUAUAGAGCUAUCUCGACGUUUACGCACAGUUCAGUGAUCACACCGGCUAGCGUGUAGACAGUUUUACGUUCGGAUAAGGACACAUUUUUUACUGCCUUGUAUCAAAAUCGGCACUUGGAGAAGACAUGAUGUGGUCUAUGGCUGUGGUGGGCCGAAUAUCGAUUCUUGCCACCGGACUUUGCGCCAUGGUCCUCCUGAGCCCCGUUGCAGCGGCUCAGAGCGAGGAGAGGGAGUGUGCAUUUGCGGAGAAGCAGCAAGACCUGGCAGGCCGCAUCGGUGUGAGCGCGGAGGGCCGGGUCUUCUUGGAGAACUCCACCGUCCGCUGCAGCUCCGGCGCCCAGUGCUACGGCCUCUGGGAGAGGAACCAGAAUGGCGUACGUCUAGUCAAGCAAGGUUGCUGGACAUACAACAGCCAGCAUCCGGACUGCGAUGACGACCGCUGCCUGGUAACCACGGCCCCGUCGCUAAUGCAGAACGGCAGCUCUAGCUACAGGUUCUGCUGCUGCAACCGAGACAUGUGCAACGUCAACUUCACAGAGGACUUCCCCGAGCCCACCCCCACCACUGUUCAGCCCUUCCGUAAGUUGUCUCGGUCACUCUACCGGGAGGAAGCUGUCGUCAUCGCCCUGGCAACAGUUUCCGUGGUUGCUGUCUUCGUUGUGCUGCUCUUCUUUGGGUACCGCGUACUGAGGGGAGACCGGAAGCAUGGGCUUCAUAAUCUGGACAUGUUAGAGGCUGCAGUGUCUCAGCCCUCACUGGACCUGGACAGCCUCAAGCUAUUAGAGCUGAUAGGCCGCGGGCGGUAUGGCGCGGUGUACCGCGGCUCCCUGGACGAGCGUCCGGUGGCGGUGAAGCUCUUCUCCUCGGUCAACCGGCAGCCCUUCACCAAUGAGCGCGCCAUCUAUCGCCUGCCAAUGGAGCACGACAACGUCACACGCUUCUUGGAGAGCGAGGAGCGGCUUGGUUCGGACGGGAGGCCUGAGUUCCUGCUGCUGCUCGAGUACUACCCUCACGGCUCUCUGUGCAGGUACCUGAGUGGGUGUGUUGUGGACUGGAUGAGCUGCUGUAGACUGGUGCACUCAGUCACACGAGGCCUGGCCUACCUGCACACAGAGAUCAUCAAAGGAGAUGUCUACAAGCCAGCCAUCUCGCACCGGGACCUGAACAGCCGGAACGUUCUAGUGAAGGGUGAUGGCACAUGCGUGAUCAGCGACUUCGGCCUGGCCAUGAAGCUGACGGGCAACAGGCCACUGCCACGCGGGGAGGAGGAGAACACCGCCAUCAGUGAGGUGGGGACGGUGCGCUACAUGGCUCCUGAGGUGCUGGAGGGAGCUGUGAACCUGAGGGACUGUGAGGCGGCACUCAAGCAGGUGGACGUCUACGCCCUGGGCCUCAUCUACUGGGAAAGCUUCAUGCGCUGCUCCGACCUCUUCCCAGGAGAGACCGUGCCUGAGUUUCAGAUGGCGUUCCAGGCAGAGGCGGGCCCACACCCCUCGUUUGAGGACAUGCAGGUCCUGGUUAGCCGAGAGAAGCAGAGGCCCAAGUUCCCCGAAGCCUGGAAGGAGAACAGUCUGGCGGUGCGCUCCCUGAAGGAGACGAUGGAGGACUGCUGGGAUCAGGACGCGGAGGCGCGUCUGACGGCUCAGUGUGCGGAGGAGCGUAUGGCCGAGCUGCUGCUCAUCUGGGACCGGGAUAAGUCCGUCAGCCCCACCCUCAACCCCACAAGCACCACCCUGCACAACCACAGGAACCUGUCUCAUGUCCGCCGGACUCCCAAGGUGGGUCCCUACUCCGACCUCUCGUCCUCCUCCUACAUCGAGGACUCCGAGGGCCGGACCAAAACCGCUCAAGGUGGCGGAGACGCCUCCUCAUCGUCCGGCCCCACCUCUCAGGCGGCAGCGGGCGGAGUCGUGGUGGAGAAAAACAGGAACUGCAUCAACUACGAGCGUCAACAACAACAACAACAACACCUCCUCCAGCCAUGGCUGCCCAGUCCAGAGAGUAGCGGCGCCAGUCAGUCCACCACCACCACAGGCCUGACCCUCACGCCUCUCUCCGAGCCCCCCGUGGGGUCCGCGUCGACGCUGCACAGCCUCCAUCACCACCACCCGCCGCAUCACCACCACCACUGCCCCGUCCUCACGCAGGAGGACCUGGAGACGCCCAAGCUGGACCCCAGCGAGGUGGAGCGCAACCUGCGCGAGAGCUCGGACGAGAGCCUGAUGGAGACGUCGCAGAAGCUGUUCUGCGCGCCAGACGCGCUGGCCUCCGGGUCGCACGGCCUGCUCUACCCGCUCAUCAAGAUGGCCGCCGAGGUCACGGGCGGGACUUCGCCGUCAUCGUCCUCAACAUCGCAUCUUCAUCUUCAUCACCACGGCGAUGGCUCGGGGGCUGCCCAUCCGCUACCCAAGCAGCAGAACCUUCCCAAGCGGCCUAGCAGCCUGCCGCUGCACGCUAAGACCUCUGGGAAGGAACCCUCGUCAUCGUCCUCCUCGCUUCGGCUGAAGUUCGGCAAGCAGAGCAAGUCGAACUUGCGGCAGGUGGAGACUGGCGUUGCCAAGGCCAACGCGGUCGUCGUGGCAGCCGAGCCUCGCCUGGUCACGGUCACCAACAACGUGCCCGUCACAGACGCCGUCGCAGGAGCAUCAGGCGUCAGCGCCGGCACCAGCGGGCAUCACGGGAAGGGCCCGGCGAGCUCGGAGGACCUGAGCUUCGGCCUGCUGGCCGCCAGCCCCGACGAGCAGGAGCCGCUGCUACGGCGAGAGGCGCGGCCCAACAACGCCAACAACAACAACAGCAACAACAACAACGGCGAGAGCGAGAGCGAGGGCGAGGGGGACAACGAGGGGGGCGGGGAGAGCGCGGACAACGCGCUGCCCAACGAGGCCCCCACCACCGCCAACGCCGGCACCAACACCGCCACCUCAGAGGCGGCCCCUCCCGGCGGCUCCAGAGCCCCCCAGGAGCGCGGUGAGAGCACGGCACCCCCACAGCCUCGCAUGGAGGCCCUGCUCAGGCAGCACAAAGGCCGCAGGCCGGAGAGACCCAACUCCCUGGACCUGUCCAUCACCACACUGACCUCCACAAUGGAGGACAUGGGAAGGGAUAGCAAGGAGCAGGGUUCCGGCGAGAAGAUCAAGAAGCGCGUGAAGACGCCGUACGCCCUCAAACGCUGGCGCCCCGCCACCUGGGUCAUCUCCUCGGACGUUGCGUUGGACGCCGAGGUCAACAACAAUAACACGCACAGCAGCGGCAACACAUCCAGGGGAGGCAACCACAACACCUCCACCCAACGGCCCAAAUCUACCACCGCCAUCUACCUGGGCAGCCGCGGGGGCACCAUGACCUCUGCCUACGGCCCUGACCCCAACGAUCUCUCGCGGGUCUGAACUAUGAGUAUACUACCUACCCUCUACCCCCUGCCACCCACCCCCACCCCUGCCACCCCAUCCCAUGUCCCAUCAGCAUAUACAAUGCCUGUAGAGUUUUAGACUGACUGAGCUGGCUGAAAUGCAAGCUGGUGAGGGGGGGGGGGGGGUGUGUAACAAUAGGAUAGUUAAUGGACAGUAGCGCAGUGCUACAGAGCUCAGCCUUGUUUGGCCAAUCAAUACUCACUGUUCAUGGUGUAUCCUUAAAACCUCGAAACCUUACUUAUUUUUAGCCGCGUUCGGAAGACUGACGUGUAAAGGCCUGGAAGGAGUGAUGGAGAGGAUGACUGGAGUCAAAUGGAGGAGUUUUAUUUGUUUGUUUGUGUUUUUGUUUGUGUGUUUGUUUGUUUUUCAUUAAGUGCUGGAUUUAAUGUUGUUCCUUGUUGGCCCCUGUGACAAGAUGGCUUUAAGAAAAACAAUCUCAGCUAUGCAGGAUCCCAUUGGCUCUAAGUGGUCCCAUGUUUUUAUGUUUUUUUUUAUAUAUAUAUAAUGUGGUGUAAAGUUUUGAUUAAUGUGCAUUUUGAGCUUUUUAUAUUCUUUUUUUACUUUGCACUUUUCAACGUCAAAAUCGUAAUUCUUGAAUCAGUAUCCAUGAUGACCACCAUGAAGAAUGGUCUCUAAACUUAAAAAGAAAGAUGUAAAGAAAAAUAAUUGUAAAAAAAGAUAAUCUGACAAUGUUGAAUAUAAAAAUCAGUGUGUUUGCCUGUAUAGGUCCUUUAGUCUCUGCUACAGAAACUCUCUUCUUCAACACCAAGGGCAGUCUGAAAGACUGACCAACUGACAAUGCUGUAUCACUCUUUAGUUGGACUUCACUCUGAUUUUAGCAUGUCUUUUAUGUUCUUUUGUCAUUUUUUUCCCUUUUUUAUUUUGUUUCCUACUCUUGAAGACGUGCAAUAGUCUGUAGCUUAUUUUUAUGUAAAUUUUAGCAAAAAUCAACAUUUUUUUUUUAUUGUUGGUAUAAUUGAUUUUGUAUAUCAUGGUGGGCUGUCUGUUUGAAAUUGCAAAAAAAAAAAAAAACGGUUAAGUUGCACUUAAACGGUCACACAAUCCCCACAUGCAGGACUUGCCCUCCUUGUACACAAACUUCUCCACGGAUGACAAUCCUGAGGUCCACUCUCCGGGAGAGCUGGGCUAUGAAAGCGAUCGGGCAGAGAAAAAGCACUAACUCCCCUACCCUGCACCACUCCUUCACAAAACCUGACAAUUAUCAUGAGGUUGUGUUUAGGGGGAUUUUUUUUUUUUUUUGGUUUGUUUUGUUUGAAAUGUGGGUUUAGUUGCAUGCCGUCAGGGCUGUAGAAUGCAAAAGUGCAAAACGCGCUGUCGGAUUUCUUGUUUUUCAGACUCUCAACUAAAGAUUUGUAUCUGAGAACAAACACAAUGCUAUGGGUCACGUUACCAAUUCUCCUCACUAUCUGAACUUGCCUAGGUGUGUGUGUGUGUGUGUGUGUGUGUGUGUGUGUGUGUGUGUGUGUGUGUGUGUGUGUGUGUGUGUGUGUGUGUAAAAGAAUGAAUGAAUGAGAGCAUAAGGUACUUCUUGUGCGUUCUCUUGUAUGUAUUGUAUCUAUUCUCGUGUGUGUGAGAGAGAGUGAAAUAGAGAGAGAAUAGAUGUUUCCUGGUUUGUAUGUGUUCUUACAUGUACCUCUGUGUGUGUGUGUGUGUGUAUAUGAGUAAGUGUGGGCAGUGAAAAUGCAUGCGGCCCAUCCCCAAAAUGGUCAGGGUUCCCCUUCUUGAAUGUAAGGAGCUUGAAAGGUCAGUCACUCAAAGUUCAUAGGUCAAGCACACAAAAUCCUGGACAGUUUCUCAAUGCACAGUGCAUGCUAAGCUACCCCUACUCCUCACACACCUCAGCAACAUUGUGCACUAUGCACACACAACCUAGGAUGCAAGCAGCUUGUUACAUCCCUUGUAUGAUUGUGAUGAGAGUGUGUGUGUGUGUGUGUGUGUGUGUGUCUGUUUGGUGCAUGCCCAAAGCUUAAGAGCACAAUAGAAAACCCCUUAACUGUUUUCGUAAGUGUCUUAACAUCCCAACAUCAGCAGAAUGCGACUACUGGUCCCUCUGAGACAGUGUUGUGUGCGUGCGUGCGUGUGUGUGUGGAAAGUUUGGGAAAGGUUGUGUGUGUAUGCUGUUAAUUUAAUAAGCUCGAUAUUCAUUUGGCUGACUAUGGCCUGAAUCUUUCCAGUCUAUCAUAAGUGUCCAAGUAGCCUGUAGUUACAACUGCUCUCAUUCAUGCGGAAUGCUGUCUCAUUGUAUGUUUUGAAUUCUGUGAUUUGUAUAACCAGUCGAUGACUGUAAAAUUGUAUUAUUAUUAUUAUUAUUACGUUCUGCAUUUUAAUAAAUUAUAACCUGCAUUCAA